CGUCGUCGCUCGGGCAACAGCGUCCCAGAGGCGCCGAGUGAGCUGGGUCUCCGCCGCCCAGCGGCCUGGGUUUCCCGCGUGCAGGUGUGGCCUCGCGAGGCGGAGAAUCCCCACGGGGCACGGCCAUCCACCUCUUGCCCCCGCUGUGACUCCCACAGCUGACUAACACAUGGAGACAGAACCACCUCCACGAGGAUGGUCCAGAGUCGGGUGCCUGCUCAGAGCAGGCAGUUGCUUUAAUAAAGCUUCUUUACAGAAUACGCAAAUUCAGAAAUCGUUUCUCUUGAAGGAAAUGAAACAAAAUAGCACCAAAACAGAUGGCAACAGCACCAAAUCAGGCGGUUCCAGGGCUAGGGAUUUAACGCACAAAAGAGCGAUUAGACCAGAUUGUCCUACUUCAUCUCCUCAUACACAGAAAUUCACAAAUUUAAGACCGCAUUCUUCACCAUGUAGAGUCUAUUCAAGAAAUGCUUUCGGAAACAUGGUCAGACCUUCUUCUUCAACCACAGCAUUUGCAAAUCCAAUACUGUCCUUCUUCGACGUUCAACGGAUUUUAUUUCAAAGAAUGACCGAUAAAGGGGAUGAAUUGAUAAAAGCCUUUGAGCUGCUCGAUGUCAAUCACAGCCUGACGGUGUCCAAGAGUGAACUGCAAAGAGUUGUCAGCGCUUUCCUGCUGCCUCUCACGAGCGAACAGUUCCGCGAUGUGCUGGCCCAGAUCCCCCUCACCAGUUCUGGUGCCGUCCCGUACCUUGAAUUCCUGUCCAGAUUUGGUGGAAUUGACCUAAAUAUAAAUGUUAUAAGGAGGGGCAGUGAAAAUAAAAUGAAUUGCUGUCGGACAUUGAAAGAACUUGAAAUCCAAGUAGGAGAAAAGAUUUUCAAAAACAUUAGAACUGUUAUCAAAGCUCUCGAGCUCAUUGAUGUUAGCAAGACUGGUCUGGUCCAACCACGUGAGCUGAGGAGGGUUCUGGAGACCUUCUGUGUGAAGAUGAAAGACGACGAAUACAAAACGUUUGCCCAACACUACAGCAUUGAUAAAGAGACUGGCGUGGAUUAUAACGUGUUUUUGCAGAACCUCCGUGUAAAUAAUGACUUGAACCUUCGGCAUUCUGUGGGAAAGCGAGAGGUCUCAUGGGAGAAUCAACAAGUCAAAAAUUCCAAAAGGGAGUUCCUUCCCAAUUUUGAUUCAUCUGGUGAUGUCUGGAAAGACUACUCCUUAGAUGACAUUGCAAGGACCUUUUGCCAAGAGCUUUCGAAGUCCUAUGAAAGGGUUGAAAAAGCCCUGAGUGCAGGGGACCCCUCCAAAUGUGGGUGCAUAUCUUUGAAUUACCUCAAGAUUGUCCUCGAUACCUUUGUAUACCGAUUACCGAGAAGAAUUUUUAUCCAGUUAAUGAAAAGAUUUGGACUUAAAACCACCAGUAAAGUCAAUUGGAAGCAAUUUCUAGCAUCACUGUAUGAACCUCCAUGGUUGGAAGUUAACAAUACAAUUCCCAUGACCAAAAAAACCAGCACCAACUCUAGAAAUCAAUCUCGCAAGGAAAAUAUUAUCACAAAGUUAUUUGGACAUGAAGAUCACUACACAUCAUUGAAGAAAGCACUGCUGAUCAUUAACACGAAACUGGAUAGUCAGAUAACAGGAGAAGAAUUGCGACAUGUUAUAAAUUGCAUGGUCGUAAAAAUAAGUGAUUCGGAAUUUAAAGAACUAAUGCAGACGCUUGACCCCGGGGGCACUGGACUGGUCAAUGUCACAACGUUUAUUGAACUGCUCAAAGAGGACCCUAAAGUAAGAAAACUGGCCUCCUGUACAGACAUUGAGGUGCCUCCCCUCCCGACUUGGGAUUCAGUGGAAGAAAUUGUUCGUGACACCAUUACUAAGAAUCUUGUCGUUUUCUGUAAUAUGCUACAGUCCUAUGACCUCAAAGACACAGGGCUCAUUGGUCAAAAUAAUUUCAAGAAAAUCAUGCGCAUAUUCUGCCCACUUUUGACGACGGAGCAUUUAUCAAAACUUUGCAGUAAGUUUCAGGAUGGCGCUUCAGGAGGAAUCCUCUACAAGAACCUUUUGGCAGGCUUAGGAGUCCACGGGCCGCCCACCGGCUUCCCAGUUAUUGCUCCGAAGGAUGAGCCGUUAAGUGAACAUUUCCGGAAAGAGGAGCAGCAGCCGGCUCGUGCCGAGAGAACCGUGUCCACUGAGGAUGAAAGCACCGUUACCAAGAAUUUGACCAAGGAGGAAGUUAUGGAAAAACUCAGAAACUGUAUCCAGCAGCAGGACCCCAUGCUCAAAAAGCAAUUUCUUGACCUCAGCGGGGAGCUUAAUGGCAAAAUUAAAGCGCAUGACUUCAGGAAGGUACUGGAGGAUAAUGGAAUGCCCAUGGAUGACGACCAGUAUGCUCAGCUGACUGCAAACAUAGGAUAUAAGAAGGAAGGGAUGAGUUACCAGGAUUUUGCAACAGGACUUGCAGGUGCUAAAAGGAGCGAGCCGGGAGUGACUCCACGUCAGACUCCAGUUCUUUCAAAAAGUACCUUGGGCUGUUUGAUGACUGCUGAAGAAUGCCUGAAACUCUUCCCCCAGAGACUGAAGAAAUUCUUCCGGGACCCCUACGCCGCCUUCUUUAAGAUUGACACGGACCUGAAUGGCAUCGUCAGCAUGCAGGACCUCCGCAGAUUGCUGCAGCACUUACUGUUCAGCCUCAAAGACGAAGAGUUUGAGCGUUUCCUGGGCCUGCUCGGCUUGAGACUUAACGUCACCCUAAACUUUCGGGAAUUUCGGAAUUUGUUUGAGGAGCGACAACUCAUAAGAGACGAUGCACCUCAAAGACUCAUUAGAUCAAAACAAAAGAUCACGGAUUCAGAACUAGCCUGCGAACAGGCUCAUCAGUAUCUUGUUACCAAAGCGAAAACCAGAUGGUCAGACUUGUCUAAGAACUUUAUAGAAACGGAUAAUGAGGGCAACGGCAUUCUCCGACGGCGGGAUAUAAAGAACGUGCUAUAUGGUUUCGCGAUUCCCCUCACACCACGAGAAUUUGAAAAGCUUUGGACCAGGUAUGACACCGAGGGAAGAGGGCACAUAACUUACCAAGACUUUUUACAGAAGCUGGGCAUUCACUAUUCAGGGGACAUUCACCGGCCCUAUGCGGAGGAUUAUUCCAACUUCAUGGGUCACUUCACAAAGCCACAGCAGGUGCAAGAGGAGAUCAGAGAGCUGCAGCAGAGCACAGAGAAGGCUGUGUCAGCCAGGGAUAAGCUUAAGGACCACUAUCAAGACAUCAGCGAAGCGCUCACCAAACUGGAUAAAUCCCAAAAUGGCUCCAUCUCCAUAUGCGAUAUGCAGAAAGUGCUGCAGGACUGCGGCUGUCCUCUGAAGGACCAGGAGCUGACCGAGCUUCUAGACAGCUGGGGGGUCAGCUGGCAGAAUAAUUCCAUCAAUUCCCUUGAAUUCUUGAGAGCAGUGGAGAACAGCAAGCCAUCAAGACCUCAGCCAAAAGAAAAAGAAGAGGACGUGCCAAUCAAUUUUGCCACACUAAAUCCAGAGGAGCUUCUGAGGAACAUCCAGAAAGUGGUUGCCUCUUCCAGUCCGGCUUUGUCAGAGGCAUUUUCUGCAUUCGAUAAAGAGGACACUGGGUUUGUAAAGGCUUCGGAUUUUGGACAAGUUCUUAAGGAUUUCUGUUACAAACUAACAGACAAUCAGUAUCACUGUUUUUUGAGAAAACUGAGAAUUCAUCUAACCCCCUAUAUAAAUUGGAAAUAUUUUCUCCAGAACUUCAACUGUUUCCUUGAAAAGACUGCUGCUGAGUGGGCUGAGAAAAUGCCCAAAAAGCUGCCCCCCCGGUCUCCCAAGGAGACGGCAGCCCAAGAGAUGCUGGCCCAGCUGCACAAGGCAGUGACUUCCCACCACCAGGCCAUCACCCAGGAGCUGGAGCACUUCGACACCAUGAAAACCAGCACAGUCUCCAGGGAUGAGUUCAGGGCCAUCUGUACUCGCCAUGUCCAGAUUCUGACAGACGAGCAAUUCGACAGGCUCUGGAAAGAGAUGCCAGUGGAUGCCGAGGGGAGGCUGAAGUACCUGGACUUCCUGAGCAGGUUCAGUUCGGAGAAAGUGGCAACGCCGCUGGCCACGGGCGAUUGGGCCAAGGCCCACAGAGGGCGCAGUGUCCCCGAAGUCACAGAAGAAACCGGGGCUGCAGUGCCGUCGCCCACUCGAGACCUGACAGCAGGGACAAAAGCCCCGCGGAGUCACCCCUGUACCCUCGCCAGUUCAACCACAGUGCCGGGUACCCCACUCCUGCAGAACUGCGAACCCCUAGAGAGCAAGCUCCGGAAGAAACUUCAGGGCUGUUGGCGACAGUUCCUGAAGGAAUGCAAAGAGAUGGACAUACACAAGCAGGCGGAGAUCACCUCGUCCGAAUUUCUGGCUCUUGUGGAAAAAUUCAAGCUGGACAUAAACGAAGAGGAGCGUCAGCAGCUCAUCAUGAAGUACGACUCCAAGGACAACGGGAAGUUUGCCUAUCGCAACUUCAUUCAGAGCUGCGUGCUCCUGUUAAAAGCAAAAGAGACCUCGCUGAUGCAAAGAAUGAAAAUCCAGAACGCAUAUAAAAUGGAAGAAGCUGGUGCCGAGACUUCUUCCUUUUACUCUGCAUUACUGCGCAUUCAGCCCCAAAUUGUGCACUGCUGGAGGCCGAUGCGGCGUGCUUUCAAAGCCUACGAUAAGAGUGAAACGGGGCUGAUAGGUGUGACGGACUUCAGGAAGGUCCUGAGACAGUACAGCAUCAACCUGUCAGAGGAGGAGUUCUUCCAUAUUCUGGAGUAUUAUGACAAGAGGCUGUCUUCGAAAAUCUCCUACAACGACUUCCUCCGGGCCUUCCUCCAGUAAAGCGCCCCUGGGUGUGCGCAGCGCGGACAGAGGGGCACCACGGGGCCUGUCCCCCAAACAGACAAAAUCAUAUGACUGGGGAGGUCUCAUGAACUGUCCAGAGAGGCUCCAGAAACAAAACCCACACCCACGCCAGGGGUGCGUCUUUCCCGGGGUGAGCCCGGGCUGGGUGCAGCCCCGCGGCUGGGUCAGGCAUCACAGACCGGACGGCCUCUCCAGGCAGCUGGAAGUUACCCCUGAGCCUCAGGACCCCUCCCUCAUUAGUCUGAGCAAAUAAAAACGUUUUUCUUUACAGAAAUGAUUCUUGAGACUUUAAGAGAACCACCAAUGCUCAAAUACUUUAAAACUCAGAAUUUCUGGAGGCUGUAUUCAGGAGAGCCUGCUGGGUGCCUCGGGGACACCCAAGGCCCCCUCCUCCAGUCUGGGCCCCAGGUGCUUCCUCCUGCUGGAUCAGCUCCGUGCCCCUGCUGGGCUUGUCCACACAGCCGCCUCUGCCCCUGGGUCAUGGACAGCAGCCUGGCAUCACGGGGCAGCAGCCCACGUCCACAUCAGGCCCCGCUGGUGCUUCGGGGAUCAGCCUUCCUGGGGUCCAGCUGAGCUGGCCGCUGAUCAGAAGGCCAUCAGUGACCAUCUCAGGAGAGACCCUUCGUUGGGCAUGACGGGGUCAGAUAAGCUAAGAGCAGUUUUCAUCUGCUGCGGUUCUUUCCACCUAUUGAGAAGCAGAGGGAAGUCAGAUGGAGUGUGCUGCCUUCUGGAAAACUCUGGAAGGAAUGGGGAGAGGCAGGCGGGAGGGCUGUUCCUGGGCUGUCAGGGAGAGGUGGCGCGAGGAGCCCACACUGUCCUCCGACCCCGGGCAGUCCCCGGCCCUUCCACACCGAGAGAGGAAACACCUCUGCUGCCAUCUCAGCCCCGGCCACCACUGCCACACUCCUCCCCCCCCAUCCCACCCCUUCUGCACCCCUGCGCAGGCCACUGGGCCCCAGCCUGAAGGCCCAUGAGCAGGGGAAAGUGUUCUGCCGGGUCACCUUUGUCUCUGUGUGUCCUGUAUUCCCGCCUCAGUUCAGACUGGACCCCAGACGGAGAUGGUGGGUUCACAGGAGGCUGUGACCCGCUUCAAACCAAGGGGAGGCCACCUCCAGGGGACGCUCGCUGCACAGACAGGCCCGUACUGGGCA